AUGGCUUACAAUCUAAAAUCUCUCAUAAAGAUUCUACAAGAAACCCUGAACCCUGAUGUAGAGCGCUGGAAUUUUGACCAUGUCAAACCACAGCUAAUAUCCCUCCUUGAAAUAGCAGCUUCUCUGAAGCAGAUUCUUGAAACCCCUAUUAUGGAAAGCAGCCCCGAAACGGAAAGAUUAGAGAGUGAAAUCCGAGAUGCAACACAUGAAGCAGAGGACAUCAUCGAAUCCCAUAUGGUCGAUCAGAUCAUCCCUGAAGGCUCUAGCUCCAAAAUCCACCCACCACAAAUUCUGGAGCAACUCAUCCAAAAACUUCAUUCUGUAAAGGAGUUGGUGAUGAAGAUCAUGGAUGGAAACCAAAUAUCAACAUCUGCUUCUGCUUCUGCUGUUGCUUCGUCUUCGCCUGCCAAGAACACUGUGGUGGGGCUUGAUCAAGAUUUGAUGCAGUUGAUGGAUCGCCUCACGGGGCACGGGAGAAAGCUGGAGAUCAUCCCCAUUGUCGGAAUGGGCGGGAUUGGUAAGACCACUCUUGCUCGAACUCUCUACGAUGAUCAAGCCAUUGUCUCUCACUUCGAUAUAUGUGGUUGGACCACAAUUUCACAAGAUCGCAACGUGCGGUCAAUUCUGUUAUCGCUUUUGAGCUGCAUAUAUAAAGACCGAAUCACUCCUGAUCUCCUCCAAGAGGAAGAUUACGAGUUGGAAGAUGAUAUUUACAAGAUCUUGUACGGCAGAAGAUACCUGAUUGUAUUAGAUGACAUGUGGGGUGCCCACUCUUGGGACUCUAUAAGAAAGUGCUUUCCCAGCAACGAUAAUCGCAGUCGAAUCGUGAUAACAAGUAGGGAUUCAAACGUGGGUAAAUAUGUAGUCGGCUCGGGGAGUUUCCAGCAUGAGAUGAAUCUACUAACCAAGUCUCAGAGCUGGAGUCUACUUGCUGAGAAGGUGUUUGGGAAAACCGAAUGCCCUGUUGAGUUACAAGGCGUCGGGAGAAAGAUCGCGAGUGAUUGCAGAGGGCUUCCUCUCGCGAUCCAUGUGAUCGGAGGGCUCCUGUCCGAGGCCGGGAGAUCAACAGAUGUUUGGGAGAGGAUUGCCAAAGAUGUAAGAGCUGCCAUUGCUGAAUCAGACGAUGAAUUCUCUAACAUACUAUCUUUGAGUUAUAACCACUUGCCGAAUCACUUGAAGCCAUGUUUUCUGUACAUGGGAGCCUUUCCAGAGGAUUCUAAGGUGGGUGCCUCUAGGCUCAUAGGUUUGUGGGUAGCUGAGGGAUUUGCAGAAGAAGCAGAUGAAGCAGAGGGCUACUUGACUGCUCUGGUGGAGAGGAAUCUGCUCACGGUUAGACAAAACAAAUAUAAUGGAAAACCGAAGAGCUACGGCAUUCAUGAUCUUUUGAGAGACCUAUCCAUAAGGAAAGCUAAGCAGGAGAAGUUCCUACAUGUCACAGCUCCGGUUCCAACGAGGGCCACAUUACACGGCCCACGCCGCCUAAGCGCUCACCUACAUCUUCGAUUUAGGCAUUUAUCCGACUUCUCCUUCUCCACCACCCGCUCUUUCAUAUGGCAUGAUAGUAACUCGUUUGAGUUUCUGAGUGGCUUCUUCCGAGGGUCAAGAUUGGUGAGGGUGUUGGAUGUGGUGGGCGUGAGUGAAUCGCUCAAGUUCGUACCUAAGAUAUUACAACUUGUCAACCUACGCUACUUAGCUCUGUCCUCGUCUCGCUCACAGAUUCUACCCACUUGUGAAGUAUCAAGAUUCCGGAAUCUGCAGACGUUGAUAGUCGUGGGCGAUAUGGGCGUUGUGGAUAUUCCGUCGGAGAUAUGGGAGAUGCCUGAGUUGAGAUGCCUCAAGUUGAAGGGAUCAACCAUGCGCUAUUCUGGUGGAAGAAUAAGCUCUGUUCGAGGCAAGAUGCAGACGAUCUCUACUUUACAAUUACACAUGCUGUUAGAAAUCGAUUUCUUCACGAGCUUCCCCAACAUGAGAAGCUUGGAGCUUGAUUCCGUCGGCUAUGAUUCUGAAUCAGCUCUAGACCUUCGCCAUCUCCACAAACUUGAGAAACUCGUAUGCUCAUCUCGGUUUCCUUCAACUGGUCACCUGUUGCACAAUCUCCGGCUCCCUCUAACUAUGAGGAAAUUGACUCUCAACAAAUGUGCGAUACCUCCGGAGUUCAUGUCGACUCUAGCUCAUCAACUGCUGCAUCUUCAAGUACUCAGAAUACUCGGGUGUGUCUUCAUGAGUGAGGAAGUAGAAGAGUGGGAGGCAACGGAAGAAGAUGUGUUCGGAUCACUGCAGUUUCUGAGCCUCGAGGAUUUGGAUGUGGCGCGUUGGAGAGCUGACGAGACCAACUUCCCUGUGCUCCGGAACUUGGUUAUAAGGAGAUGUUGGGAGCUUGAGGAAAUCCCCAGCGGCAUUGGAGAAAUCCAAACGCUGCAAUUGAUGGAGCUGACGCAUUGCUCACCUUGUAUUGUGGCCUCAGCGAAACAGAUUCAAGAGGUGCAGCAAUCUGACUACGACAACUACGACCUCCAACUUAGAAUUUUCCCCUCCGGUUUUAAUUAG